AUAAUAAUUGGUGAUCGUGAUUCGAGAUGAGCUCAUUCAUUUGGUAACUUACUCAGACAUUAUUUUAAUUAUUUUAAUAAUUUAGUUAAUUAAAACUAUUAAAGUAGUUUAUAAAACGAUCAUAUAAUAUUAUUAAGUCAGUUACCAUUAAACAAUUGUGUGUUUAUAAUUGAUUUAAGUGUUAAAACUAAAAUAGAGCCAACGCCUAGUUUUUUUUUUUGAUAAGCAACAUUCCGACGUAAUGGCAGCAAUCCGUAAGAAACUUGUCAUCGUCGGCGAUGGUGCCUGUGGCAAAACUUGUUUGUUAAUUGUAUUUUCCAAAGAUCAAUUUCCAGAAGUAUAUGUGCCUACAGUUUUUGAAAACUAUGUGGCAGACAUUGAAGUUGAUGGUAAGCAAGUUGAACUAGCGCUAUGGGAUACGGCAGGUCAAGAAGAUUAUGAUAGACUGCGACCACUUUCAUAUCCUGAUACUGAUGUUAUUCUUAUGUGCUUUUCAAUUGAUUCACCCGAUUCUCUAGAGAAUAUUCCAGAAAAGUGGACACCUGAGGUAAAGCAUUUUUGUCCUAAUGUACCUAUUAUAUUGGUUGGCAACAAGAAAGAUUUGCGUAAUGAUCCUAAUACUAUACGAGAGUUAAACAAAAUGAAACAAGAACCAGUAAGACCUGAAGAGGGAAGAGCCAUGGCUGAAAAAAUUAACGCAUUUGCAUAUCUAGAAUGUUCUGCUAAAAGCAAAGAAGGUGUUCGUGAAGUUUUUGAAACAUCAACUAGAGCUGCUUUGCAAGUAAAGAAAAAGAAGAAAGGUAAAUGUGCCUUGUUAUAAGUUAUGUUAAAUUAAAAAUAUAAAGAAAUCUACUUAGAAGAUAAUAUAUAUCAUAUUUUUAUACAAUUUUUCAAAUUACCAUGUCAUUUUAAGGAUUUUCAGCAUUUAAAAUAGACCUGAUUAUUCUAAUCAAGGUGCAAAAUAAGUAUAUUGUUUUAUUUUUCUAUAUAAAAACUCUAAUUUUAAUAUUGUAUUCCUAUUGUUUGCCAAAAUUUGUACAAAACAAAUAUUUUGGAAGAUUUUAAUUGGGUAAUCACUAAUCAUAGUGUAUUUUGUAACUUAUUUUAACUUUAAUUUUAUUAAACAAUAACUAUUCCGCCAAAUUAAGAAUUAUUCAACUACAAUGUAAAAAAAUUAUUAAAACAAUGAGACUCAUUUUGCUAUCAACAGUAAUAUAUCUGUAUCAUAUAUAUAGUUUUCUAUAGACCUGCUGUGUCAGUGUCUCCAUGAUGUAUUCCUUAGCUUAGUUUUUUUUAAUAUUAUUAUGUUUGUUUAUUAACCAAUAUUUAUAUGCUUGUAAUUUUUAAGAAAUUUACUAAUAAAGAAUAGAUUUUUAAUUAAA